AUGUACCCCUUCAACCAUCCGUAUCAUGCACAGGGCUCCUCACCCACGCGCCCAGCCCAGACGCCCCAGCCGCCCCGGACGCGUUCCCCGUAUGGCGGCACAUCUCCUAACGCCAGAGGUCGCUCGAGUCCCUUGGAACCGCGAGAGGCGCACACGCAAAGUCGCCAGAGCGAGUGGUCCACUGUCCCCGCUGUCAACUACUCAAGUACCUACCGCUCAUCGCCAUCACCUCGAUCGAGUCCGCGACCGCAGUACCACACCCAGCACUCGAACCUCAGUGCGUCCUCGUUCGUCGACUACUACACCGGCACGCCCGCCAGCGCCAUGGACACCUCUCCACUCAUUAGGGGGCCAACAAGCACAAACUACAACAACCAGAGCUACGACGCACAGCGACAAGGCUACGACCAAUAUGACAACUAUGGGCCGCCGCCCCCGAACCCAUAUGACAAUCACAAUAGCAGCCCGGCUUCGCCCGCUUACAAUCAUAACCAGCUGGCGCCAGUGCACUCGAACGAUGGGAGCUACUAUAACAAUGACCUGACGUCCUACUACUCGGGCGACCACGACGACAAGAGCUACUCGUCGCACACUGCUCUGAACUCGUCAAACUCACACAUGGACGGAUCGCCGAAGAGCUUUGGCGUCGGCGAGGUCGUCCCGACCAUGUCGUACUCGUCACCACCGCCGCCAAGUCCGAACAUGGGCUACUCGUACCCGCCAGCACCGUCACAGCUGCCUGCGACUCCGGGUUUCUCGGGAACGAGUCACUGGCAAAUGGUCCGCAACAACAUGAUGGCGCGCCGAGUCGUGAAGAAGAUCCCGCUCACGAACGGCAACUUUGUGAUCGACGUGCCGGUUCCGAAGGAGGUGAUCCGGCAUGGCCACCUCGGCAUCGGCGCCGAAAUCGGCGAGAUGGAGAAGAUGCGGUACACAGCCGCGACUUGCGAUCCUGACGACUUCAUGCGCUGCAAGUUCAACCUCCGCCCGUAUCUCUACGGACGACGGACAGAGCUCUUCAUUGUCAUGACAAUGUACAACGAGACCGCCGACCUGCUGCUGCGAACACUAAACUCGGUGAUCAAAAACAUUGCGAACCUGUGUGGGCGCGACAGGUCCAAGGUGUGGGGCGCCGGAGCGUGGCAGAAGGUGGUCGUGUGCAUCGUGGCCGACGGACGCAACGUCGUCGACCACCGUGUGCUCAAGGUUCUCCAGGUCAUGGGCAUCUACGCCGAGGGCGUGAUGCAGGAUACGGUGGCGGGCAAGGACGUGACGGCACACAUCUUCGAGGGAACGUCGCAGGUCAUGGUGUCCGAGUCGGAGAGCGGCGAGGUCGGCCCAGCCCCAGCGCCGGUGCAGUACAUCUUCUGCCUGAAGGAGAAGAAUGCGAAGAAGCUCAAUUCGCACCGCUGGUUCUUCAACGCCUUUGGCUCGCUGCUGAAACCGAACGUGUGCGUCCUCCUCGACGUCGGUACGAAACCGUCGGGCAACUCAAUCUACGAGCUGUACAAGGUCUUCCAGAAGCACGACAACGUCGGCGGCGCAUGUGGAGAAAUUAUCGCGGACAAGGGACCGUGGGGUCGAUACCUGCUCAACCCGAUCGUCGCCGGACAGAACUUUGAGUACAAGAUGUCCAACAUUCUCGACAAGCCGUUCGAGUCCAUCUUUGGCUUCAUCGCUGUGCUUCCCGGAGCGUUCUCGGCGUACCGCUACGCUGCGGUCUGCAACCACCCCGACGGCACUGGUCCGCUCGCUUCCUACUUCCACGGAGAGAUGAUGAACCUGCCCGGUGCGCAGGCCAAGAUCUUCGAGCGCAACAUGUUCUUGGCCGAGGACCGUAUCCUGGCGUUCGAAAUCGUAACGAAAAAGAAGGCAAAGUGGCGACUGCAGUACGUCAAGUCGGCCAAGGCAUCGACGGAUGUGCCGGCCAAGGUGCCCGAGUUCAUCUCCCAGCGUCGUCGCUGGCUGAACGGCUCCAUGUUCGCGUCGAUCCACGCUCUCGCCCAUUUCUGGAAGGUCUGGACGUCGGGACACAACUUCAUCCGCAAGUUUGCCCUCAUGUUCCUCACGCUCUACAACCUCGUCAACCUGCUGUUCAACAUUGUCUCGAUCUCAUCCUACUACCUCGCCUUCUAUUUCCUGAUCAACUCGAGUGUCGCGUCGCCGGAUACGGAUCCGUUCUUCGGCGCCGGAGAGGAGAUCUUCCAGGUCGUCUCGAAACUUUACAUUGCUGUCCUGUUCGUCGUCCUCAUCUGUUCCCUUGGUAACCGCCCGCAAGGAUCCAAGUGGAUGUACACGAUCUGCAUUCUCUUCUUGGCCGUGUGUCAGGGCGUCAUGCUCUAUGUUGCUGGCUGGACGGUGUACCAGACUGUACCGCACGACGCGGCCGGCUGGCGAGACGUCAAGGGCCUCUUUGAGAACGAGACGUUCCGAGACCUGGCUCUUGCGCUGCUGGCAACGUACGGUCUCUACUUCAUCUCGUCGUUGAUCUACAUGGAGCCAUGGCACAUGUUUACGUCCUUCAUCCAGUAUCUCCUGCUUUUGCCGUCCUACGUGAACAUUCUCCUGAUCUACGCCUUUUGCAACCUCCACGACGUCUCAUGGGGAACGAAGGGUGACAACGGCAGUGCCAAGGAUCUGGGACAAGUCAAGAUCACGACGAAGAACGGCGAAAAGGUCGCCGAAGUGAAGUCCACGCGCCAGGAGGACAUUGAGGACCUGUACCGACAAGCCAAGGCCGAGCUGCGUAUCCCGAUGGAGCACGUCAAGGAGAAACGCUCGCAGGAGACGAAGCGCGCAGACGCGGACCGCAACUUCCGCACGCACGUCGUGCUCUGGUUCCUCGGCGUCAACAUGAUCAUCAUCCUCGUCCUCACGAGUCACACGGUGACCGAGUGGCUCAACACAAAGUUCAACCCGAAUCCGGAGGAGACGAACUUCAACCCGUAUCUGGUGAGUGCAAGCUGGGCGGCCGAGCUGCCAAGCGCAGCGAGGUCCGUAGGCCAGUCGGCCAGUGGGCUACAGGGAGGGUGGUAG